CCAACCUACAACGCCAGUGAUCCUAAACUCAGCGCUGCCACUUCGGCGCCUGCUGCCUCAGCGGCCAGGACUGCGGCGCUACGCCCGCUCGCUCGGGCGGCCACCGGCGAGUUCUGGACGUUAGUGGGUCGGUGCAUCUGUCCAAAGAGAACUUCCAGAUCCACGGCUCCGCGAUGACUCUGGCCUCGCUGCUGCUUGGGCUGCUGCUGCUUCCCGCGCCCUGCAGAGAGACAUCAGUCCAUCCUGCAUGUCAAGACAGUGGCAGACUAGGUGGACUUCAGUCUGCUGGAACUAGAGUGCUGAGCUGCCGACUGACCACUGAGCAAGCAUCCCUGUCCACCAGUCUUCACGCACCGUGCUCACCAAAUAUUCUUGGUCUUAAUUCCACUACUGAAAAGGCAGAAGAAACCAAGCCAGAUCAGCUCUUCCCAGGACCUUUACCGGGGAACCUGCCAGCUAACCACCCCAGUGAGUACCAGCAGUCACGGUCCCAGACUGGAAGAUCACUUCCAGCACACAUAGCCGCUCCCCAGGUGACGUCUUCAUCAUCAAAGCUCCUACCUCCUGUUGCAUUUAAUCCCACGGUUGGACACAUAAUACUUUCGGAGCAUAAAAAUGUCAAAUUUAAUUGUUCGAUCAAUAUUCCUAACACGUACCAAGAAACAGCUGGCAUUUCGUGGUGGAAAGAUGGAAAGGAAUUGCUCGGAGCACAUCAUUCAAUCACACAGUUUUAUCCUGAUGAGGAAGGGGUGUCAAUAAUUGCAUUGUUCAGUAUAACCAGCAUGCAGCGCUCAGACAAUGGAUCGUAUAUCUGUAAGAUGAAGGUGAACGACAGAGAGAUUGUAUCUGAUCCCAUAUACGUGGAAGUUCAAGGACUUCCUUACUUUAUUAAGCAGCCCGAGAGUUUGAAUGUCACCCGAAACACAGCCUUCAACCUCACCUGCCACGCUGUGGGCCCACCUGAGCCCAUCAACAUCUUCUGGUUUCAAAACAGCAGCCGCAUUAAUGAAAAACCAGAAAGGUCCCCAUCUGUCCUAACCGUACCUGGUCUGACCGAGACAGCCGUCUUCAGCUGUGAGGCCCACAAUGACAAAGGACUCACGGUGACCAAGGGUGUGCAGAUCAACAUCAAAGCAAUCCCCUCCCCACCAACUGAAGUCCACAUCCUCAGCAGCACAGCACACAGCAUCCUGGUCUCCUGGGUCCCAGGUUUCGAUGGAUUCUCCCCAUUUCAGAACUGCAGCGUUCAGGUCAAGGAAGCUGACCUGCUGAGUAAUGACUCAGUCAUGAUUUUUAAUACUUCGGCUUCGCCACAUCUGUAUGAAAUCCAGCAGCUGCAAGCCCUGGCUAAUUACAGCAUCGGUGUGUCCUGCCGGAAUGAAAUUGGCUGGUCUGCAGUAAGCUCUUGGAUUCUGGCCAGCACAACAGAAGGAGCUCCGUCUGUCACACCUUUAAACAUCACUGUGCUUCUGAACGAAUCUAACAGUAGCGUGGAUAUCAGAUGGAUGAAGCCUCCAAUUAAGCGGCAGGAUGGGGAACUGGUGGGCUACAGGAUCUCUCACGUGUGGGAGAGUUCGGGGACUUCCAAAGAACUUUCUGAAGAAGUCAGUCGGAAUGGCAGCUUGGCUCAGAUUCCUGUCCAAAUCUACAAUGCUACCUGCACAGUGAGGAUUGCAGCCAUCACUAAAGGGGGUGUUGGACCUUUCAGCGAGCCAAUGAAAAUAAUCAUUCCUGAAUACAGUAGGGCCGAUUACGCACCCUCGUCGACUCCAGCGCCUGGCAACACGGAGUCCAUGCUCAUCAUUCUUGGCUGCUUUUGUGGAUUUGUUUUAAUCGGGUUGAUUUUGUAUAUUUCUCUGGCCAUCAGAAGAAGAGUCCAGGAAACAAAGUUUGGGGGUGCAUUCUCUGAGGAGGAUUCCCAAUUAGUCGUAAAUUACAUAGCAAAGAAGUCCUUCUGUCGGCGAGCCAUCGAGCUUACCCUGCACAGCUUGGGGGUGAGCGAGGAGCUGCAAAAUAAACUAGAAGAUGUCGUGAUUGACAGAAACCUUCUAAUUCUUGGGAAAAUUCUGGGUGAAGGAGAGUUUGGGUCUGUAAUGGAAGGCAAUCUGAAGCAGGAAGAUGGGACAUCUCAGAAGGUAGCGGUGAAGACCAUGAAGUUGGACAACUUUUCUCACCGGGAGAUCGAGGAGUUUCUCAGUGAAGCAGCGUGCAUGAAAGACUUCAACCACCCAAACGUCAUCCGGCUCCUAGGCGUGUGUAUAGAAAUGAGCUCUCAAGGCAUCCCAAAGCCCAUGGUGGUUUUACCCUUCAUGAAAUACGGAGACCUGCAUACGUUCCUGCUAUAUUCCCGGAUAGAAUCCAGACCAAAGGUAACAGGCCGCUCGUGCUGCCUCUUAACUGUCCCUGAAGCUUUUAUGACACCUGGGACAACCUAUGAGUCUCUGAAAAUGCAGAGGAGGACACUGGCCUUGGUUCAGAGUUCUCUGUUACGAGAUGACAUGACAGUCUGUGUAGCAGACUUUGGCCUCUCGAAGAAGAUUUACAGUGGUGAUUAUUACCGCCAAGGCCGCAUUGCCAAAAUGCCUGUGAAGUGGAUCGCCCUAGAGAGCCUGGCUGACCGAGUCUACACGAGCAAAAGUGACGUGUGGGCUUUUGGCGUGACCAUGUGGGAAAUAGCCACACGGGGAAUGACUCCCUACCCUGGAGUCCAGAACCAUGAAAUGUAUGAUUACCUUCUCCAUGGCCACAGGCUGAAGCAGCCGGAGGACUGCCUGGAUGAACUGUAUGACAUCAUGUACGCUUGCUGGAGUGCUGACCCCUUGGACCGACCAACCUUCUCAACCUUGAGACUGCAGCUGGAAAAGCUCUCCGAGAGCCUGCCUGAUGCGCAGGACAAAGAGUCCAUCAUCUACAUCAAUACCCAGUUGCUAGAGAGCUGCGAGGGCCUGGCCAACGGGCCCUCCCUCGCUGGGCUGGACAUGAACAUUGAUCCUGACUCCAUCAUUGCCUCUUGCGCUCCCAGUGCCACCAUCAGCGUGGUCACAGCCGAAGUUCAUGAGAACAGCCUCCAGGAGGAAAGAUACAUCUUGAACGGGGUGGGUGAAGAAUGGGAAGAUGUGGCCUCCACUCCUUUUGCUACAGCCCCCCCUGGAAAGGAUGCUGUCUCACCAGAGGACAAACUCAGCAAAAAUGGGAUCUCCUGGUCUCACAGCAGCACGCUCCCCUUGGGGAGCCCACCACCAGAUGAACUUUUGUUUGCAGAUGAGUCCUCUGACGACUCUGAAGUCCCCAUGUGAGGCCAACUGAGUGGAGGCGGGACAGGACCAAGCAAAUACUGCUGCGUGGGACCUGGUUGUCUUAGCUGCUUUCUUAUUGCUGUAAUGAAACACCAUGACCAAGGCAACCUAGAAGAGAAAGGGUUUAAUUAGGUUUACAGUUUCAGAGGGUUUGAAUCCAUGCUUGCAGAAGGAAGGCAUGGUGGCAGAAAACAGCUAAGUGCUUACAUCUUGAGUGGCGAGCAAGAGAUAGGAAGUACUCUGGGAAAUGGCACCGCUCUUUUGAAGCAUCAAAGCCAGUGACAAACCUCCUUCAAUAAGGCCAUACCUCCUAAUCCUUCCCAAACAAGUCUACCAACUGGAGACUAAGCAUUCAAACCUACAAACCUAUGGAGCCAUUCCAAUUCAAAACGCCACACUGGUUAUACCUGAUGUUUUGGUAUUUGUUUUUCUUACUUACUCCACUUGUAAAGUCCAUGGCCUCACAGCACCAGGUGAAUGCUGUCAAGUCAGUUUUCACUAUAAAUACAUAACCAGGGCCUAGAGAGACGGCUCACGGGACUAAGAGUGCCUGCUGUCCUUGCAAAGGACCUAAGUUGAGUUGCCAGUAACGAAAUCAGGUGGCUCAUGACCACCUGUAACUCCAGAUCUCGUGCUCACUUCCAGCCUCUGAGGGCACCUGCACACAUGAGACCUGCAGUCACAUAUAAAUCAAAAUAAACAUAAACAGCAAGGCUUGGAGUGUGGCUCCGCAGCUAAGUGUAUGCUCGACCUGUGGGCUGCCCUGUGUUCCAUCCUAGGGCCCCCAGACAAUACAGAAUAAAAAUACAGAGGCGUGGGGGGUGGGGUGGACAGGGGGAAAGCUGAGUUGGUAAAAGCCUUGACUUAUAAGCACAAGGAUGUCAAUCUGUUCCCCAGAGCCUAUGGAACAAAAAGUUGGGUGUGUGGCACAUACUUGUAAUCUCAGUGCUGGGAAAGUGGAGUCUGGUGGAUUUCUGACACUCACAGGGCAGCUUGCCUAGGUGAGUUUCAGGCCAAGUGAGACCCUGUCUCAAAGAAAAAUGGUGGACAGCACCUGAGGAGUGAUACUUGAUGCUGUCCUUUGACCUACACACACACACACACACACACACACACACACACACACACCAGAACAUUCAUAAGCAUGUACACACAAGAAAAUAUAAAUAAAAUCAUAAUAUAUUUAUUUAAAGAGUGAACAUAUUUGUAUAUGGUGGAGAGAGACAUAUUUUAAUAAAAGAUGACUUAUUUCACUGACCUUGCAGAUCUUAAACUAUAUUCCUCAGUGUUAACAUUUGUAUGGAAUCAAUGAUGCUUUUUUAAAGUCGUUUUCUUUUCCACAGUAUUAAAUGUAAAAGUGUUUCUAAAAUGA